UCUGCAUAAUAAAUAAGCCCUGAUAUGACUAGGCUAUACACACGCGUCGGUUACAAUUGGGCGUUGGAACGGUCUACAUUAUGCACGUAGACCUGCACUUAGUGUGCGCAUAAUGCGUCGUUCGAUGCAUGUUUUUGUGUGCAAUAUAGUCCAUAUGAGCGCUGUACCAAAUUAGAGCGGUCUGAAAACGCUCCCGAUUCUCGACAUUUAUCAUAUUGUUUUGUUGAUUAAAAGAGCAAAAUUACCUACAGUUUUGAAGGAAAAGGACUUAGUUACGGACUGAUCGUGUUUAUUUUAGAGUUACAGGACAAUCACUAUGGCAAAUUCGGGCUCAAAUUCACACCUUACUCCCAGUCGAGGAACUAAUUGGAGCCCUGAAGAGAUUCGCUCACUCAUCGCAAUAUGGAGAACGAGUGAAAUCAAAAGUGGCCUGAGCGGACCUCGAAAUCAAGAAACCUACGAGCUGAUGUCGACGAAAUUGAUAGAGAGAGGUUGUGCUCGAGACUCUCAACAAAUUCGUAGCAAGAUAAAGAAGCUGAAAAUUGCAUACAAGAAUGUGUUGCGUGGCAGGGAAAGCCGAAAAUCUUGCCCAUAUUUUCAAGAUCUGAGUGCAAUUCUUGGGGAUGGGUCUUCGCUUCGUGAUCGCCCUAAUCGCAGGAAGAAUUCCUCGUCGUAUUCCAGUACGAGGCAGUCUAGUCGGAGCAUGGUGCCCCAUCGAGCAUUUCGUUCAUCAAGCUCAACAUCGUUCAACUCAUUCGAAGGGGAAACAGAUCCAGUUGCUAAAGUGUUUCGGGAUGCUGCAAAUUUUGGACACAAGUCUCCACCUCACACAUCCAACUCUUCAUCUUCGACUUCAGCGUCAGGUGUUGCAUCACCUGUUCAUACAAGCAGCACUGUGGCACUUAAUCACUCAGAGGCUACUAAUGGUGUCCACACUGAAACUAACCAUGUUGAUACAGAAGAACCAACAACUACCAUGGAUAAAGAUCUGUAUAACACACCCUUGGUGCGUAAGCCAGCCAUCAGUGAGCUAGAGAAGAUGUCAGCCCAGUUUGGACUGUGUCUGAGUGACCCCAAGCUUUUGACUGAAUAUCAGGAGGCAAUAGGUGAUAUCUUGAAGAAGGUCAACAGACUUGACCGAUUGGCCGAACCAACCUUGCCUGUCAAAUAUCCUAGGACUCCGGGUUUUCGUCCAUUGCCAGAGGAUAACCCAUUCAAUGCCUGGUUCUGGCGGUGCAAUAUCAAGGGAGCUGCAAGUGGAAGACUGUCCCGUAAGCGUGUGGCAAUCAACGACAACAUAGCCGUGGCAGGAGUCCCCAUGAUGGCUGGCUGCCAUGCUCUGGAGGGCUAUGUGCCAGACUUUGAUGCCAUCGUAGUCACGAGGAUCCUCGAUGAAGGUGGCACCAUACUGGGCAAGUCAAUGUGUGAGAGUCUAUGCUUCUCUGGAGGAAGCUUUACAAGUGCUAAGGGACCGGUGUGCAAUGCUUACAAUGUGGCCAAGAGUGCAGGAGGUUCAACCUCCGGUGGAGCUGUUCUGGUUGCGUGCAAUGAAGUUGACAUGGCAAUUGGUGGAGACCAGCGAGGCUCCAUCCGUGUUCCAGCCAGCUGGAAUGGGAUAGUUGGACUCAAGCCCAGUUAUGGUCUGGUCCCGUAUACUGGGGCUAUGUCUAUAGACCCAUCCCUGGACCAUGUCGGACCAAUGGCACGUACGGUCCAUGACUGUGCUUUGAUACUUGAGGCAAUUGCUGGUCAUAAUGAUGGGCUGGAUCCCAGGCAGCCUCGUAGCAUCAUAGUACCAGAGUAUACCAAGGAGUUGAGCCAGUGUAGCCUGGAGGGAAUCAAGAUAGCCAUCUUGAAGGAAGGUUUUGGUCAAGCCGAUUCUGAUCCUAAGGUCGACACACUGGUAAAGAAAGCCAUUGAUCAGCUAGCCUAUGCCGGAGCACAGAUCACAGAGGUCUCUAUACCUCUUCAUGCCGAAUGUACAAAUAUAUGGGCAGCCAUUGCAUAUGAAGGACUGCUUGAUAACACCGUCAUGACUGGAGGUGUUGGGACAGGGUACCGUGGCUUCUAUCCUACCAGUAUGAUGAGUUCAGCUGGCAAGUCACUCAAGGCCAGGGUCAACGACCUCAACCAUUCACAGAAGAUUGCAAUGUUAAUGGGGCAAUACAUGAAGACCAACUACCAGAGCCAGGUCUAUGGCAAGGGCCAGAACAUCCGCCUUCUUCUUACCCAGGCUUACGACGAUGUUUACAAAGAUUACGAUGUCAUUGCCAUGCCAACCGUCCCAUUCACUGCCAGCGACCUACCCAAAAAGAAUUGCAAUUUGUCAAAAUUCCUUGAACUGUCAACCAACAUGAACUCCAACACGAUGGCUGCCAACCUGACCGGUCAUCCCUCACUGACCAUCAAUGCAGGAUACCUGGACACCCAACCUGUGGGUCUUCUCUUGACUGGACGUGUCUUUGAAGAGGUCUUGCUCCUGCAGGUAGCCAGUACCUUUGAGAAGGUCAGAGACGAAGCGUAAGGCAGUGCCAUGCUAUUCACAAAAGUUUCAUUCCAGAAGGGUUGAUUCUGUGCCUGUAUGGGAUAGUUUGGGAGGAGUCAUGGGGGGCGUUUCACAAAACUUGUCAUCAGUGACAAAUGACAGUUUGUGUUAUAAGCUACUGAAAUCCUUGCUUCUGAUUGGUUAUCGACAGAUUUGUCACUGAUUUUUGUCAUUUGUCAUUGAAAAAAGGCUUUGUGAAACGGGUCCCUGGGAUAUUGACACGCCAUGGGGCAAUGUGAAAUUAUGAAUCAACAAAUUCAUGAAAUUUUUAUUCCACAGUAGGGUUUGUUUCUGUGCCUGUUAGGACAUUGUGUAAUGAGCUCUAGGGCCUUGGCAUGCCGUUUGGGCAACGCAAAAGGAUGAAUUGACACUUCGUAGUUAACUUGAGAUGCACCGCGAAGGUAAUGAUUAAUGUGUAUUCACUUUGAGCAUCUUUGCGAAUUGUAAUAAACACACUUCAGUGGAUUUAAAGUAUGCAACAUUAGAUGUGAUGGCUGUUUAAUAUAAUCACAAGUUUAGUGACAAGAUGCACAUGUGAUGGGAUAACAAUAGGAGAUUGGUAUGAAAUUAUUAAAAGAUGUAAAUAAACUAAUGCAUUCCACAACUAUCUUGCCAGUAUGUGCAGCCUGAUAGUUCUUUAUGUUUAGUCGUUUGUUUUGUAGCAUACAGACAUAUAGUGUUCAAUUGAUAGACAACUCAAUCUGUUGAUUUUAUUUGUUGAGAGGAUAAGUUUCAUUUGAAGAAGGAUAAUUGCAAGAAAAAAAAAACUCGCUUUAGGGGAGUUCAAAAUGCUUUUGUGAAUUGAUUGCCUUUACAAAUAAACUUCAGUUGUUGAAAUAAAAAGGGAAAUACAAUUAAUUUGUGAAAUAGGGAUUGCUGAAACUCAGCAAUGCUGAACCUCAAGUUGAUAUCAGUAAUCGAUUUCUAAAGACGUUAAAGUUAAAUGUUUGCCCAACAAAUCAAGAAAGUGCCAAUUUUGAAACUGCUUUUGUGCAAGGACUGUAGAUUUGUGUGGAUGUUGAAAACGAUUGUUGUUUAUCUCAUGAAUUAUCUGUAGAAAGCUGCACUGCACAAUUGAUCUAUCACCUUGUGGAUGGCUAUUGUAUAAGUGAUAUUGUAAACGGUGUGUGUAGAAUUGUGAACUCAACUACUUGUAGGUAUUAAAAGUGGAGUGAAUGUAGAUAUAAUGGUUGAAAAUGUUUUGUUAUUGAAGGGAGGAUGCUAAACUGAAUCAAGCACAGUGUUUUGCACAUUGUUAUGUUGUUAAUAUGUGGUUUAAUGCAAUUUUCUGUAAACAAAGUAGCUUUUUGACUGCACUAAAUAUCUUUCAGUUUCAUUUACCAAAAUGGCUGUUUUACUAUAAUUUUCUAUUGAAGUUGGGUAUUAUUUUUUGGGCCAAUCUGUUAAUAGAAUACCUCUCCUAGCAGAUCAAGAUCUCAUGAGGAACAAUGUUGGAUAUACAUAAUUUAAUUUUCUGAACUUGUUGAUAUUUUCAAAAUUUGGUAAACGUGAAAGCGUAUUAAUUGCAAGGCAGCUAUUUUGGGGUUUCCUCAUAAAAAAAUCCGGAGAAAAACAAACAAUCAAGAAAUAGCACAUUUUUUCCCGCAAUGGUCGAGGACAAUCACAAUUUGAAUUUUUGAUUUGUAGCCAUGUUCUUAGUCAUGCUAUAGAAAGUCAAAAUCCAUUCAAAUGGGAAUUAUUAGAAGAGCAUAUAAUUAAUAGCCUUUGUACUGACUUUAUUACACCUCUUUUGCGUUUAAAAAAAAUUGCCAAAAUAUGCACAUGCUUGAAGUAUUAUGUAGCCACAAUAUUACAACUGUGUUAUGUCAAUUUUGUGAAGCAGAAGGUCCAAUACUGAAAGUGUGUGGAUAGAAACAGGGAUGUCAACCUGUGCACAUUGUACCAUUUUAUAUUCAGCUUGAUAGUUUUCUUUAAUUUUGGAUUUGAAUUUGAAUGUCUGUAUCAAAUUUAACUUGCAACAGUUGAAAUAAAAAAUAUAAAUUGCAAGAGAUAAAGUAAAUAGCUUUGCUGUUCACCCGUAUUCAACAUUAAUUGCACCUUUGUGGAUUCUGAAUUAUGCAUUUUACAUUGUUAUUAUAGAUUUUCAACAUCUACAGCAUUGAAACCUGGCCAAAAAUGUUUUGGUUCUAUUCUUGCCACCUGUAAAUGAAUUACCGGUAUUCUUAUUAAUACAGCUAACUUUUAUUAUAAAAAGGUGCUUUUUACCCUCAAGACACCUACCUUUAUACAAAUGCUAAAUUUACAAUUAUUUAAUAACAGAAUCUACAAUAUUGCAUUUUUUAAACCUGGAUUCUUAGAAGAAAAUGUCUAAUUCUACCAAUCUAUGAAUUUUCCAACAUUGUGUAUUGCAUUUUGAAAUGAUAUAUUUUGAGAUUUCUGUUUCAGAGCCAGAAGUGCGUAUGUACUAUAAAGUAUAUCCGAUAUACUAAAUGUGUAAAAUUAAGUUGGCAGCUAAAAUAUUUUGCUUUUGUUUAAUACUUAUUAAACAAUCUUGCCUCAUGUGGUUGCAUCUUAAAGUAAUGAAUAUGAUUCUCUUUUCAACAAGUGUGAUAUUUUGAUAUCAGAGAUACUAAUCGGGAUGGAAAGGGAAAAGUAAAGAUUAUUUACCCUUUUUGAAAAGCACGUCAUGACAUAAAUGCAUUUUUACUAAAUGGUGAUGUACAUGUAGCACUGGACAAGAACAGAUAUAAAUAAAGCUCAAUUUCACUCAGAAUUUUCUAACAAAAAUCAAACAUGAUUUCUAUUUAUUCAUUAAUGCACAUCAUGUGACAUCUACCAAGAAGAGAGGAAAUGUUCAUGGAUACAAGUAUGAAACAAACAUGCUCACAAAGCACAAAUAUGAUUUAAGAAUAAAGAGUUCUACAUUCAAUUUUUAAAAUUGUACCUUCAAAAAUAUUUUAUAUACCGGUAUUGAUAAAUUUGAUAGAAUAUAGUAAUUUUCUAAAGCAUUGUAAUGAAGUGACGUCAUGCUUCAUCAAGUAAUGACGUAAAUAAUCAUUCUUCAACUGGAACACAUGUUGUAUAAGCAAUGAAGAGUGAAAUAGUUCUCUUAAGACAUGGUGCUCCUGGUUCGUUUAUACAUGUAUUGGAAUGAGAAGGCACUUUAAGACAUUUCAAAUCUACAAUUCUUAAAAUUUUAAUCCCCCCCCAAAAAAAAUUAUACGUUUUUUUAGACAAAGAAAUACUUUCUGAGGAACAAAUAAAUUCAGCAUAAAAGCCAUGGACGUUGAUCUCUGAUCACUAUAUCUGUAAAGACUUUAAUGAGAGACAUAUUAAGACAUGUUAAGCAUUACAUAAUCUAGAUCAAUAUAAUUAUCAUUAUCACCUGGGCCAGACCAAGAGCCAUCACAAAAUAACGGUUCUUCCCAAUUUAUUCAAUACAUCAGUACGUUCAAUUUUAUGGGAUGUUAUCUUGAAAGAGAGGGAUUGGAAAAUGUAGCACUGCACAUAUCAGUCUGUGUUUCGAUAUUGAUCAAUGUUUCUUAGUGGUAGACAAAGUGACUGUGUUUAUGUAAUGCUGAAUUCAUUAUGGGUUGCAAACUACCAAGUGAUAAAUCUACUGCUUUUUCCUGGCAAGAAAUGCGAGGAAGCCAGGAAGGUCACAAUAAUCCAAUUAAUUUGUUUGUUCAAACUUAUCACACAAGGUACUGUUAUAGUCGUGGUAUGAACAAAAUUUCUUUUCACUUGUUUGGCAUCAACUCAUAGUACAUACAUACAACUUUAUAAACAGAAAUCUUAGCAAAAGGAAACUUUUGUGUAUUGCAAAAUUUGGUGGUGUGUCAACCGUGAUUCAAUUAUUUCAAAGCAUGAAACUUUUCACAAAUCUGAGCCACUUGCAAAAUUUUAUAACAUGUCAGGCACACAAAAGUUUGUACAUAUAUUUGUUAAUAUUUUGCCUCUAAUUUUCUAUAUUUAUAAACUUUAUAUUCAAAGUUUCACAUCAUAUACUAUCUAACACCAUACUUGGUUUAGAUGUGGUAUGUAUGCCAGACAUCAAAGUUACAAUGUAAGUAUAUCAUCUUGAUGAGAUAAAGGGUACUAAGCAUGUAGAAAGAAAGGUGGAUCCUGAAUAGGUAAUGCAUAGGUUGCAUUCAAUGUAUAAGCUGUGCCUAACCUUGUGGUAGGAUCAUGAUAAUCUUUUCCAGGGAAAUAUUGUAGAAAUGCUGUUGAUUUGUGGUUACAGGUAUCUUUCUUCCGUUCCUCGAACAAGUAGGGUUUCUCCUCCAAUCUUUGGUCCUUUCCUCUCCUACAGUAAUAGAAAAGAAAAAGAGAAAUGAUGAAUUUGAAGUUCAUUACAUUUCUUUGAUAAAAUAUCUGAAAUUGUAACUGAAAUCAUUAUAAAAUCGGCUCUGAGCAAACUUUUUAUUUCUUGGCAAAAUGCAAUAUGUACAUUUUCUUUGUGAUGUAACUUACCUUGCCAAAGUUUAAGUUUAUUAUACUAAUUAUUACAACUAUGUAUUGUGUUAUGUUUUGUGUGAGCUUCUACCUUGCAUUUUUACAAGGUAAAUAACAUGUUGAGCUUAUUGUUUGGGGAUAUCUUGGUACAAAUGAUUGUAUAUAAUUGCAAGUAGCAUCCAAGUUUAUGUGUGCCAAAAAUUGUUUACAUGUAAUUCACAGCUUUCCAUCGGGUCGCUUGUAGAUAUAACGCUGGAUAUAUUUUGACGAAUUUGUAUAAAUCAGCACAUCGAUAUGUAAUUGUGAAAUGAUAUUAGACAUUCAGUGCAAGAGCUAGAGAGAAUCUUGAAAAAAACAUAUUCUUUGUUUGUGAGGCAGAUGCGAACUUUGAUGUACCAGUAAUACUGUUUUAAAGGAAACAAGACGAACAUCAAAAGGUUGACAAGCAUUAAUCUUUUAAAUAUCUUGAGAGUGUGAACUGUUCACUUCUCUACAUGUUGGGGGGGGGGGGGGGGGAAAUGACAUCAAUUUGUGAUAUAAUUUUGACACGAUGUCAUGAUUGUUAACAUUUUGUUAAAACGGUUUUAUCAUGACAAACAUGGUUAAUACAAAGGAAUAUUCACAUGUUGUUGAAUGUGAGUUUAAUAUAUUUUUCUUGCAAGCUUUGUUGAUAUGAAGGGUAGUGUUCUUUACAUGUUUUGUGAAAAUUUGUUAUUUUCUGUGUUUUCAAAUUAUUCUUGCACACUGUAUGUCAUUUGUUGCCACAGUGGUAUUUGUUUAGUCAUUAAAUGUUUUUAUGUGCAAAGAAA